GCCAAUCACGCCACUACUCAGUCACCUGCGUCUCGGUGCAGGAGUUAAAAUGGCAAUAAAAACAAAGGCAUCUCUGCCCCGCGAGACGCGAUUGUGCGUAUAAGUCAAAUCUAUGCCCCUCUUGAAAAGAUGACUUGUUUCGUGUUUUUAAGCGUUUUAUUUACGGGCACAUUUGCCCUAACUAACGUGGAGGAGGUGGAUUCUCGAGAGCGUUUGUUUUUAGAUUCCCUCGGGCUCUCCACCAGGCCGACUGCCGCAGGAGCCUCCAGACGGGUUCCGUCCAUGUUGUGGCGGAUGUUUCAAAGGAGUAAGGGCGACGAGGUCCAGGAAAGCGAGUCGUGCAUGGUGUCCGAGUACGGCGUGCGCGGAAACAUCAUUCGAUACGUGCAGGACCAGGGCAGAUCGGUGUCUUGCUGGGGCGGCCAGGACUGCGUGGAGAAGCAACUGUUCUUCAACAUGUCGGUCCUGCAGCCCGUGGAGCAGCUCUCUCUGGCCCGUCUGGAGGUCAAGUUUCAGUGGGGUGUGUUCAGGGCCCCGGAGUUUUUCCUGGGGCCCCGGACCCUCGACGUGUCCCUGUAUAAAGUAGUUAGAACCACUCUGAGGGGCGCGAGCCACGAGGCUAACCGAAGGCUCCUUUUAUCCCAGUCGGUGGCACUUGGACCCGAGCCCGCCUCACUCACACUGGACCUUACCUCCCUGGCCGAGACCUGGCGAAAGGCGGGCCGCAACUACGGCCUGGUGCUGGCGCUGCAGCCGCCGAGAAAUGACCCGGAGGAGGAGCUACUCCCCUUCCGCCCCGGGAACACUCUCCCGCUGCAGCCGGCGGCCGUGUCUGCGCCGCCGCCAGAGGUCCACGCCGCCCUGGUGGCGGUGUCCCUCAACCCCCAGCAGUGUCGCUCCAGACGGCGGCGGAGCGCCGUCCACCUCCCCGUGACGCCCAGCAACGUGUGCAAACCUCGGCGCCUCUACAUCGACUUCAAGGACGUGGGGUGGCAGGACUGGAUCAUCGCGCCGCAGGGCUACCUGGCAAACUACUGCCACGGCGAGUGCCCCUUCCCGCUUAGCGAGAGCCUGAACGGCACCAACCACGCCAUCUUGCAGACCCUAGUGCACUCGCUGGACCCACGCGGGACCCCGCAGCCAUGCUGCGUGCCCAUCCGUCUCUCGCCCAUCUCCAUGCUGUACUACGACAACAACGACAACGUGGUCCUGCGGCACUACCAGGACAUGGUGGUGGACGAGUGCGGCUGUCGAUGAGCGUGCGAAGGGACGUGUCUGGUCCACAUUCGUGCUCAAAACACCUGGUGGUGGAACAGGGGUUCAGAACUUUAACAUUGUGUAUAGGUUACUUUUUUUAAAUAAAGGAUUGUUGUGGAAAGGAC